CUUGCAUUAUCCACAACAAAAGUCAGUGGUCAGAAGUGAAAUAAAAUACAUGACUGCUAAAGUGAUAGAUGAAAUAAACACAUAACCUUUAGUCCGCCAGGAAGAAUGUCAGAAUUAUCCAUUUACUUUAAUGCGCUUCCAGUUUUAAUCAUAACGCAUUGGCUGUGGCAGCAGACUACGCAGACAGCGUUACAUGUGUGCGCGAUAAUUACGCGAUUUUACUACCAAACACCGCUUGGACACAGAAAGUGACGGAUGGCGCACUGUGAUGUGGUGCGUUAGCUGUCCCCUAGCUGUAAGGAGCUGCCUGCUCGCUCCGUGCCCUGAUUGAGCCCAACAGCUGAGAGAGAUGAAGUGAGAGGGGUCCACCGUGGAAAAGGAAGGUUUGGAAGAUGUUACGUUGGAUAACUAUCGUUUUGUGUUCGACCUGAAGUGAAGCGAAGUGGGACCUGUACAGCACUAUACUGUGGGUAAAUCUGACAGUGCGACAGUCCGGCACCGUGCGAAAACAGCGACGAGACUAACAGUCACCAAAAGCAGUUUUCGGACGCAUAUUUUUAGGAUCCGAAGAUCCCUGCAGAAGGAAGGAGACAAUAGUUUUUUUGGUUUUUUUUUUUAAACUCCAGCGUCAGAAGAGCGUUAUAUGGAUCGAUCGGAGUAUUAAAUAGCUGUGCCCUACUCUCCGAUUCGUUCGGCGCUCGAGUUGGCAUGGGCUGCUGGACAUGCCCAUCGAGAGAGAAAUGCUGGGGACAGAUGAGACUCCAUUUGGGCUGUCUGUCAAUUAUUGUAUCCCCACGGACUCCAAGACCGCAACGGCUUCAGCUGGAAUAAACAGACUAUAACUGGAGCGCGUCGGGUGAAGAGAGGAAAUCCAGCUUUUUUGCGGAAGUUUUGCGUUGAAGGCAAACUUUGCCGAUCCGGACUGAUAUGUGAUUUUUCAGCAGAGGAUUAAGAGAUGCUGUUCCUCCUCCUCCUCCUCCUCUCUGCUGUGGUUCCAGGCUCCGCCCAGGAGGACCCCCCUCCCCGUGGCUGUCCGUCAGACCUGCCGCGGACUUACUGGGCCCUGUGCAGCCUGGAGGCGGUGUGGGGUGUGGUGCUGGAGGCGGCGGCGGGUGCCGGGGCACUGGGAGCACUGCUGCUGGCCAUGGUGCUGCUGUUGUACCGCCUGCGGCGCAUCGACGAGCCGGAGCAGCGCAGCAGGGUGGCGCCACUGCUCCUGCUUCUGCCGGGCGUGGCGACACUUUUUGGCCUGACCUUCGCCUUCCUCAUCGAGGAUGGCGAGCCGCUCUGCGUGGUGCGCCGCGCCCUCUGGGGGCCGCUGUUCGCCCUCUGCUUCUCCUGCCUGCUGGUCCAGGCCGUCCGGCUUUGGUGGCCGGCGCGGGGCGGGAGCCCCCGGGGCAGGGUGAGCCCGAGAGGUGCCGUGCUGUUGGGUCUGGCCGUGGCUCUGACACUGGUGCAGGGCAUCAUCACAGCUGAGUGGCUGCUGUUGACGGUGGUGCGCCUAGAUCUGCCAGCCUGCCAGUACCAGCCUCUGGACUUCGGGCUCUCCUGCACCUAUGUAGCACUGCUGCUGCUGGUAGCUCUGCUGGCCUCGGGCUGCACCCUGUGCCGGAGGGGGCGGCGGCGCCGCUGCGAAGGCGUGUGGCUCUUCCUGGUCUGUCUGACCUCGGCACUGCUGUGGGCUGCCUGGCUGAGCUUCUAUCUGUAUGGCAACGAGGCCCUGGGCCGCUCCCCCAACUGGGAUAGGCCCGUGCUGUCUGUGACGCUGGUGGCGCAGGGCUGGCUCUUACUGCUGCUCUAUGCUGUCCCAGAGGCUCACGCCUGCCUGAGUCCUUUGGCCUCGGCCUCAAUCCCGGACUAUUUUGACACCUCUCAGUCUCACCCACGCAUGAGGGACACAAGCGUCUAUGACGUGCUGCCCAUGCAGUACAUGGAGAACCAGGCCUUUGCCUUUGACGAGCACAACGCAGCUCUGAGGUCAGGCGGCAAUCCCAAUGGGCAUUUGGGCAUCCGGAGCAGCGCCCCCUUCCGUAGCAACAUCUACCAGCCCACUGAGAUGACCGUGGUGCUGAAUGGGGGCACGGACGCUCACAGCCGCUGUCCCAGCAUGAACCACUCCCAGCCAGGGACGUUCCAUGACUCAUUCUGGCAGCGCUGUCCUUUUGGAGGAUAUAGAUCCCAACUGCACCCCCCAACUACACAGGAAGGCACCUGUGGUGAGGGCAGGGCUGGAAUUCAGGUGUCCACCUCCAGGAGUUGGGGUUGGGGGGGCACAGAACCGUGGACCCAGGAGGUAGACCGUCAGCAGGGCCUGUUCCUGGAUGCCAACAAGAAACCAAUGCACUACUUUGUGUCCGAGAAAGAUUGAACUGGCAAAACCGAUGGUGGAGGAGGAGAAUCUGGAAAAGUUAACAUCUAUGUGAGGAACAAACUGCGGUCAUUCACCCAAACGUGGAGAGCAGUGGGAACAGGUUGGGUUUGACAAUGACAGUGGAUAUCCCCUCGUGUGAAGGAUGGACAUGAUGAUCUUUCACCUUUGACAGUAGAGGUGUCAAGGUGGAGACAAUGUUACAUCUUCUGAACCCACUGGGAUGAUCAGAUCCAACAUGAGGUAUCCAUGUGUUUGGGCUGGACUUUCGGAUGGGCAGUGGACUGAUGACACUGUCCAUUGUGCCAGUUUUGUCUCUGUGUGGAUCCACGUCACACUGUGUGUCACGUUCAGUCUUUUGACCUGGUGCUGGGAUUCAAGCUGCGGACAAAGGAACCACAGUAACCAUAGUUUUUUGUUGUUUUUGUAGAGCAGGUCCUGAGAAGAGUGACUGUUUUUUGCAUGAUAUGUGGAAAGAGAGUCAUUCAUGGUGGCUGCAUUGUUCUGGUGUGAUUGUGAACACGCUAAUGGCCCAAUCCAGGAGCACGAUGUUGGGGUUUUCCCAUUGGACGUAUGAGGAUGCCUGGUUCCGGUUCUGUUGCUUGGUGUGGGAUACAAAACAAGCCCAGGUGUAACCCCUGGAGUCAGGAAGUUUCAUCCUCUGUUUCUCAUUUUCUGGAUUUCACUGUCCACUUCUGAGACUUUACCAGAUCCCCGACAGUUUUGUUUCUCUUGUUGAUUGGUUGAAAGCCGAUACAGCAAAAGUUUUUCACUCUCAGCCUCAGCGAUUAAUCCAGAAGUGGCACGUCUUCUCCGGGUCAGCCGUGACAGAUGCUGCUCUUCUUGAUUUUGAAGAAACAUGUCAUUAGUUUAGCUUCAGGACUCAUUUAGGGAUUAAAAUAAAUCAGGAGAUUGAGAAUCAUGGGUCUCCCAAAACUCAACAAAGCAUAAAGACGCAGAAAGUAUCAGAUUCUCCACAUUCUCUGGUUUUGAUGUUGUAGCUGACUGGACAAACGAUAGAGGUUUUACUGUGUCUGAGAUAAUAAGAUGGAACAUUCGUCCCGCUUUUCCCCCUUAUGAGUGACUUAUGAGUGCUAAGAGUGACUGACUUUUGCUGUAACUUGCCUGUCAUCUUUAAAGGUUUAUACUGUGCUGUCUGGACAGACGACUGGACUAUUUAUACAUUUGUAAGAGAAGCCGUCGGUUCUCACAGUGAUGUUUUCCACCUUAUGACGUUUCUGCACUGGCAUCAGCCCUGGGUCCUGGGGUGACCCCGACCACCCCAGCCCCCAUGUUCGGGCUGGAAAUGCAGGCCGGAGCCCCAGAUGGGGAGAACCUCAGGCAGAGCUGGACGGGAGGGCGCACAGAGUGACCACCGACGGCUUCUAAGAUUUCGGGCCACCAACAUACUUUUGCACAUCCAAUCCCUCUCUUUAACUAACAGACCUGUAAGACGAUUUAGCUCUACAAGUGCAGAAUAAUAUUUUGUGACAGGCUAAAAAAAUAUUCAUAAGCACGAUGUAACAAAUAAAAGAAAAGUAUUUGGUGGGACAGAGGACUGAAUGUUGGGAUCAUUUUGUUUCUUUAAUGAGUGGUUUUCUUUGGUACUCUGCUACGAUCCCUGGUCACUGGGGGCACGGCUGACUCGGGUGCUCUCACUGUGGGCUUUGGAUGAGGGGCCUGGCCCACACCUUGAGUUCCACGCCUCCUGUGAGUCGCCAUGGCUGCAGACCGUACCACGGUGGCCCAGUGGUGGGGGGGGGGGGGUUCCAUGCUGACAGCACUGAGCUUCGCGCUGUUGACCUAGAGAGGAAAGCUUUGCGUUGUUGACCUAGAGAGGAAAACUUCCCACUGUUUUCACGGGAAAAAUGGUAGAAAAUAAAGUGCAAGGUUUCUUGUU